AUGAAGUUCUCGGUCCUUGCUGGCCUCGUGGCCCAAGCUUUCACCGUCUCUGCCGGUACCGUUCUCUGGGAUGGCCGCUUCAACGACUUCACCUCCUCCACCGACCUCAACAAGUGGUCUUGGGGCAACCAGGUCGGCCCUUACCAGUACUACAUCCACGGUUCUUCCGAGGUCACCUCCUAUGUCAACCUCUCCCCCAGCUACAAGAACCCGGCCGACUCCGGCUCCAACCAGGGUGCCAAAAUUACCCUCGACAACACGGCCUACUGGAACGGCCAGAACAUGCGCCGUACCGAGCUGAUCCCCCAGACCACGGCCGCCAUCAACCAGGGCAAGGUCUUCUACCACUUCUCUCUGAUGCGCAAGGAUACCAACGCCCCUGCCACCACCCGCGAGCACCAGAUCGCCUUCUUCGAGAGCCACUUCACCGAACUCAAGUCCGGCUGGCAGUCGGGCGCCUCUGGCAUCUCUGACCCCCUGCUGAGGUGGUGCAUCGGUGGCCAGACCAAGUGGAGCGUCAACUGGGACGCCGGCGUGUGGCACAACGUUGCCUACGAGAUCGACUUUUCUGCCAACACUGUGGGUUUCUGGCACUCUACCGGCAGCGAUGAUCUUGUCCGGGUUAUCGCUCCCCAGUCCGCCAGCACCAGCAGCAACGGUGCUGACUGGCACGUCGGUGUUCUUGAGCUUCCCCGUGAUGGUUAUCCCGAUACUACCGAGGACUACUUCUGGUCUGGUGUCUACAUUGAGAGCGGCAGCAUCACCACUUCCGUCUCCGGUCCUGGCUCCUCCUCCCCUAACCCCGGCACCCCCAGCAGCAGCAGCAGUGCCGCCCCCGUCAAGCCUUCCACUUCCUCUACCACUUUGGUUACUUCAACCACUCGUGCCCCCAUCACCACCACCAGUGCCGCUCCUGCUGUCACCACCACGGCUAGCUCCUGCACUGCCGCUCAGUGGGCCCAGUGCGGCGGUAACAACUUCUCUGGCUGCAAGACCUGCGCUUCCCCGUACAAGUGCAACUUUGUCAAUGACUGGUACUCCCAAUGCUACUAA